AUGGGCGAAGUUCCUCCAGAUGUCGUGGAAGAAAUGCAGGAACUGUCGCAGACAGUACCAAGUCUGAAGGCGCGAUACAAACUGCUGGACAAGAUCGGCGAGGGAACGUUCUCUUCGGUGUUUAAAGCAGAGGAUUUAACGGGGACUGUAGCUAAAAGCUUCUCGCGCCACUUCUGGAAAUACUCCAGCCGACAGGAAAAACGGUACGUGGCACUGAAGUGGAUUUACGUGACGUCGUCGCCAACUAGGAUCUACAACGAGCUCAACCUUCUGUACAUGCUGUGUGGGUCCACACGCGUCGCACCGCUGUGCGACGCGCUGCGACACCAGGACCAGGUCGUGGCCGUGCUUCCCUGGUACCGGCACGAAGAAUUUCGCAACUUCUACCGCGAUUUGCCGAUAAAAGGCAUAAAGAAAUACAUGUCAGAGCUGCUGCAAGCACUGAGCUUCGUACACUCAAAGGGCAUCAUACACCGCGAUAUUAAGCCGACCAAUUUUCUGUACAACCCGCAAAUAGGGCGCGGUGUCCUGGUGGAUUUCGGGCUCGCAGAGAUGGAAAACAACGCCGUCCGCGAUACGCGAAAUACCAAGGAUUUGCGAUCCUUAGAACAUUACUGUCCCUGCAACGCCGGCGAUUCGAACCAAGCUUCAACUCAGGGACAGCCUGCAUUCCCCAAGAACAAGUAUCCUGGGGCCACACCCAACGCGACGCCCUCGUUGGUAGAUUUAACCAAAGGAUAUCCCAAGUACGAAACACGUCGAAACAAACGUGCCAAUCGAGCCGGUACUCGAGGGUUUCGUGCACCCGAGGUGCUCAUGAAGUGCCCGAACCAAACCACAAAAAUUGACAUCUGGUCCGUUGGCGUCAUAUUAUUGAGCUUCUUGGGGAGACGCUUUCCUAUGUUUCAAAGUCUCGACGACACGGACUCCUUGCUGGAGCUCUGCUGCAUUUUUGGCAUCAGCAAGAUGAGAAAAUGUGCCCUUUUGCACGGACUCGGGUUCAAUAUCAAGGGACUCGACGGCAUCAGUGAAGAAGGCUACAAGGGCGGUCUGGCCGAUUUCAUUCAAGAGCUGCUACACGCAGAAGUCGAAGCUGGUACUUUCCCCAGCUACUCAGUGGCAUUCGAAACCUACGAAUACUUGGUGAACAAGUCAUCAGGCGGAAGCAUUGCACCCUCACUACGACGUCAUGACCCUGACUUUAUGGCGGAUCACGAACUCAAGAAGUACCACGAUGAGGUCUGGAGCGACCAUUACUGGUGUUUAGAGGUUUUGGAUCAGUGCUUGACACUUGAUCCACACAAGAGAAGUACUGCUGACGAGCUACUUUCUUCUACGUUCUUCAACGAACUGGUGGACUCGGACGUCACGGAAGAGAAUGAUGACGAAGAUGAUGUUCUCAUAAUUGAAAACUAA